CUCUGGGGCUCCCGAGCCCCCCGAUUUUGGAGCAGCACCACCGAGGGAUGCUGCAGCCAAGCCCUCAGCGUGGGCAUCUGCCAACUGCCCUUGGACAUGGGCCAAGCUCCACGCCGAGCCCCACGGCARCCCUCCAGCUCCCUGGCAUGGCCCUCGGGCUUUGGGGAGGGCAUUCCCAGCCCAGCCACGCCGGGGGAGGGAGGAUCCGAGCCCUCGAGUCACCCUCCCAAAGUGGGAAGGAGCACCUUGCUCAUCGCCAGGGCAGGGAAAUCAGAGCUCAGCGUCGAGCCCACGUGGGCUGGAAUCGGCCCGGCUGCGGAAGGGUUAAACCCGGCUGCUCGUCUGGGUCUCGGGGGCCUCCCACUCGCCAUCGCAGAGUAUGAAUAGCUGCGCUCCCCCCUGCUCCCAGGCACUCGCUUCCCUCUCUGCCUUCCCACUCUGCCUCGGCGUUGUCCCCUCCUCCCCCGGCGUCUUCCUCCGGCAGCUCCGGCAUCCCCCGGCAUCCCCGAUGCUGAGCACGGAAAGUUUCGCGGGGCCGAGAGCCCUGGGAGAGGAAUCKCUGCAGAUGUGGGACCUCAACAAGCGGCUGGAGGCGUACCUGGCCCGCGUGAAGUUCCUGGAGGAGGAGAACGAGGUGCUGCGAGCUGAAAUCCAGAGCGCCAAGAGCAGCCCCGCCGGGGACUCGUGGCGGGUGAAGUACGAGGAGGAGCUGAGAGCCCUGCGGGAUGCACUGGAUCACGCCUUCAGGGAGAAAUGCACGGCCGAGCUGGCCAGGGACAACCUCUACGAGGAGGUCSAGCAGGUGAAAAGCAGGUGCCAGAAGGAGAAGGCGGCCCGAGAAGAAGCUAAGAAGCAGCUGAACUUGAGCAGGAAGGAGCUGGAGGAGGAGAGGAGAGCGCAGAUCUGGCUGAAGGAGAGAGCUGUGCAGCUGGAGAAGGAGGUGGAAGCCUUGCUGGAGGUGCACGAGGAGGAGAAAGCGGGGCUGGACCAGGAGAUCGCGAGUUUCUCCCACAGCCUGGAGAGYUUCCGCUGUGCACCCGUGGCUUUCCAGCCUGUGGAGGUGGAGGAUUACUCCAAGAGGCUCUCGGAGAUCUGGAAAGGGGCGGUGGAGACCUACAAGACAGAGGUGGCACAGCUGGAAGGAUCCCUCUGCCAGGCCAAGGAGAACCUCUGGAAGGCGGUGGAGGACAACCAGCAGAGCCAGCUGCAGCUGCAGCACCUGGAGAAGGACCUGGCGGGGCUCAAAGCRCGCAAGGAGAUGCUGGAGGAGAGCCUGGCCCAGCAGUGGCAGGAGCAGCGCGGGGAGGCAGAAAAGUUCCAGCUCGCCAUGGAAGCCCUGGAGCAGGAGCAGCAGAGCCUGCGGGUGCAGAUCGCCCGGGUACUGGAGGACAGGCAGCAGCUCAUGCACCUCAAGAUGUCCCUCAGCCUGGAAGUGGCGACCUACAGGUGGGGUUCCCGGUGGCGCUGGGCUGGGGAAUUCAGGCUGGCCAACGGUGUGCGAGAUCUCAAACUGGAGGYGAGCAGCGGCAGCAAACUGGUCCCAGUCAGCCCCGAGAGCAGGAGAUCGCUGCCCCGGGAGCUCUGCGCCAGCCCCUGCAUCUUCCCCAGGGCAGAGGGGAGGGGGCAGCCGGCAAAACCCCCGAGUGACAUCCUGAUACCCAAAAACCAGAGUACUCCCAGCGCCAGGGAGCUCCAGAAAAUCAGCUCAGUCCUCCACRGCGCGGCACCGCCGGCUGCCGGCAGGGCUGGGGGGGCUCCCGGGGGUAAAGCUGUCCCUCCUCUGUCCCCGGAGCCACCAGAGCCGGGGAGUUCUGAGGGAGAGGGUCCCGCCUGGCCGGGGGGAGCCGGGGCUGCGCUGACACAAACAGCGCCCGGCCGCAGGCUGCAGUACCCGGCCCAGCUGGUCAGCGAGGCGCUGGAGGACGCCUUCAAGGCCAUGGAAGAUGAUGGUCAGCCCGAAGGGGAGCCCACGCUCAGCGCCACCUGGGAUGCUCUCAGCCCCGUUUUCCCCKCAGGGGUUUGUGGAGGGGCUGUGUCAGAGGGGCCCGGGGAAGAGCCAGAGCUCUCCGAGGGCUCUGAGGAUGGAGACAGCCCUGCAGCAGAGGAGAGGGUCGGGGAAGCCGUGCUCCAGGGACUGGGCAGAACCGCGUCCCCACUGGGCGUGACCACUUCCUUGAGUGCCGCAGGGAGCCGGGAGGAUUUGGGAGCCUGGGAGGAGGAGGAGGAGGAACCUGCUGUGCAGAGCCCGAGGGAUGCACAAGUGGAGGCCCAGGAAGAGGACAGGGAUCUCCCAGGACAGGCAGUGACYRSCUGGGAAAAGCCAGAGCAAGAGGAGGACAGGGCAGAGACCUCAAGCACAGAGCCUUCACACCCCUCAGAGGAUGAGGAGGAGGAGGAGAGGGCACCCCACAGCCCCUGUGAGGAGAAUGGAGAUUUCCAGGGAGAAGAGGAGUGUCUGCAAAGAGAAGUGGAAGCUGCUUAUGCUCUCCCUGUGGAAAGCCACCUGGUUUUGCCCACAAAAGGUCACCUGGAGGAGGAUUUCACUGACGCAGAGCAGGAAAAGUCUGAGCAGCAGAAAAUGCCCACGUGUGAKACUGCAGAGGAGGAGAGAGGACAGCAGCUGUGCCCAGAGCAGGAGCCUUUCAGUGCCCAUGAGGCCACCCCAGCAGAGGAGGGUUCGUCAGGAACUGAAGAAGAUGCUGUGGGAGGGGAGGACACAGGCAGUGUGAAAGAUGGUGAGGGAGAAAAGGGAGAGGCCACCACGGAGGGGCUGGGAAGGGAGGAGCAUGGGGCAGGAGAGGACCCUGAGGUAAGAGAGGAUCACACAGAAGGAGAGGACUCCAAGCCAGGAGAUCAUGGGGCAGGAGAAGGCUCUGAGGCAGGAGAGGAUCCUGAGGCAGGAGAGGAUCCCAGGGCAGGAGAAGAUCUUGAAGCAGGAGAGGAUCCUGAGGCUGGAGAAAAUCUUGAGGCUGGAGAAAAUCUUGAGGCAGGUGAGGAUCUCAAGGGUGGAGAGGAUCCUGAGGCAGGAGAGGAUCCUGAGGCAGGAGAGGAUCCUGAGGCAGGAGAGGAUCCCAGGGCAGGGGAAGAUCUUGAAGCAGGAGAGGAUCCUGAGGCUGGAGAGGAUCCCAAGAUUGGAGAGGAUCCCAGGGCAAGAGAGGAUCUUGAAGCAGGAGAGGAUUCCAGGCCAGGAGAAGAUCUCUGGGCAGGAGAGAAUCUCAGGGCAGGAGAGGAUCCCAAGGCAGGAGAAGGCUCUGAGGCUGGAGAGGAUCCCAGGGCAGGAGAGGAUCUCAAGGCUGGAGAAGAUCUUGAAGCAGGAGAGGAUCUUGAGGCAGGAGAGGUUCCUGAGGCAGGAGAGGAUUCCAGGGCAGGAGAGGGCUCUGAGGCAGGAGAGGAUCCCGAGGCUGGAGAAAAUCUUGAGGCUGGAGAAAAUCUUGAGGCAGGAGAGGAUCUCGAGGCUGGAGAAGGCUCUGAGGCAGGAGAGGAUCCCGAGGCUGGAGAAAAUCUWGAGGCAGGAGAAGAUCUCGAGGGUGGAGAGGAUCCCAGGGCAGGAGAGGAUCCCGAGGCAGGUGAGGAUCUUGAAGCAGGUGAUGCUGAGGGAGGUGACACCCCGGGGUGGGAGAGCAGAGCCCCAGAGGAGCCUGAGGACCUGCAGGAGGAACAGGAGGAGCCRGAGCCAGGAGAGGAGCCCUGSRCWSYRGGGMAUGGUGACAAUGGCCAAGAGCCCUGYCCAGAGGACUGGGAGGUGACAGCAGAGGACACAGAAAGGGCUUUAGGGAUAGAAGAGCCAUCCUGGGCAGAUGACACCCCAAGCAGCACAGAAAGACUGGAAAGCCAGGAGAGAGAUGGCGCAUGGCCAGCAGAGCUGGAAGAAGCCCAGGAAGAUGAUGAAGAAGAUGCCAAGAGGCAGGAGAUGAGCCAGCAACAGCCACUGCCAGGGGCUGAGCCAGCACCGGAGCUGGCAAGGAACGAGCAGCAGGCAGAGCCAGCCCCAGCCUCUCCAGGAGCCCCCGGGGCAGGGCACAGCCAGGCCCAGGCUCCGGAGGAGCUGUGGGAGGUGCAGGGUGAGGAUGAUGAUGAUGAUGAUGAUGAUGAUGGGCUCAGCUCAGAGCCCACGGCGCUGCAGCAGGUGCCAGGUGACAGCAUGGAGAGCAGCGAGUGGGCACAGGAGGAGGUCCCUGGACAGCCAGAGCUCAGCCAGGGCAGUGGCAGGAGGGUGGAGCUGGAGGAUACCCUGCCUGACAGCACCCCUUUGCACCUCUAUGAGGGAGAGAUGCUGGCUGUGGGUGCACCCAGCCAAUGUCCUGAGACUGAGGACACCACAGACACAGCUCAGGAGGGUGAAGAGAGKGACAAACCACCCACUCCCACCGUGACACAGAGCCCCAAAGAGGAGCCAGCACUGGAGGUGGCAGAAGGUASCGAGGAAGAGGAAGGUUACUUCAUGGUCUCUGCUCCCAGCCAAGACAUGUCCAACGCGGAGGAAACCGAGAUCUGCGAGGACUUUGAAGAAAUUAAAGUUGAAGCAACUGAAAGCAGCCAGGAUGAUCUGGGGGCUCCUGGAGAAGCAUCUCCAGUGCCAGAGGGCGAAGGGCACCUUGAGGCGUUCGUUGGGGAAGCCGAUGAAGACAUGGAGAUGCCCACAGAAGAACCCAAAAUGCCAAAGGGUGAGGGUGAGGAUGAGGAUGAGGAUGAGGACAACACUGCUGAGCUGGAGGAAGGCCCAGCUGUGCCUGAAGCAAAUUCCAGCGGUCUGGGGGCCGUGGGACCAUUAGCAGGAGGUACUGAGGAGCCAGCCCAGGGUGCCACCGGAGCAUGGGAAGGACCGGAGCAUUUGGAAGUUUUGGCUGCUGAGUCAGAUGAGGAGCUGCACAACCCCAUAAAGCUGGAGAACAACGCCAGACCCUGCAGCCUGGGGCUGGUGGAGCAGGAUGAGGUGGAUGAGGAUGAGGAUGAGCCCAGCAUGGCUCUCUGUGACACAGCCAAAGCCACCUCUCCAGCAGAGCUCCWKGCAGUGCCYGACRGAGCGGAGCAGCCGCUGGAAGAGCAGCUGCCCUUGGAGGAGGAAGCACUGGACAGUGACAGAGCUCCUUCAGCCAGGAUUGAGCAGCCCCCCGAAGCCAAAUCCCCUCAGCUGGGCUCUGUGCCGGAGCAGGGGGCUUUUCCAGAGGUGACUCAGGAUAUCCCCGACACUUCUGUUCUCUCUGCAGAGGUGCCAGYGGACCUCAUGAAAGACUCGGAUAUUUUGGAAAUCGUUGAGCAGGCCCUGGAAUUCAACCAGGAGCUGAUGGGGGUGAGAGCAGCCGAGGGUGGGCAGCAGGGUCCUGGCAGGACCGGGCUCUCCCAGGAUGCAGGGGAUGAAUCCUCAGCUGCCUCAUCCAGCGAGGAAGAGCCGACAGUGCAGGAGGCAGCCGGAGAUGCAGUGCUGGAUAUGAAAUGUCCAGUCCGGGCUGAGAACGGGCUGCACCGGGAGAACAGCCUGGAGGACCUGGCUGAAUUCACCGAGGAGGUGCUGAACGGCAUCGCCAGCACGGCACCGGCACAGGAGCUGCCCACGGAGACCGCAGACCCCUCGGUGGAGAUGCCACCGCAGUCCCCAACCCCCGGGGAUGGCAUUGCCACCAAGCUGGGGGACGCCACCCUGAGAGGGAAGCACGGUGGAGCUGACCCSAGCCCCGUGCCCUCUGCUCUGGGGGAGGAUGUCCUGUGCCUCAUGUCUGACCAGCCACCAGCGUGUCGGCUCAGAGCUGAGCAGGAGCCCUGGUCCUCAGGGGACGAGUGACAGCAGGAGAGGGGACCCCUCUGGUAGCCCCUUUGUACCCCCACUUGUCCCACCCACCACCCUCAUUCUCCCCGAUCUCCUCAUGGUUUAUAACAUGUUUGUGUGGAUUUUUUGCACCCCGUUUCAGAGUGAAGAACCACCAAGUUUCUUUCCACCCCGCAGCCCACCCAAAUCCGCAUGCUUGCUCCRGGACCCCCUGCUUCAUUUCCAACUCCUCUGGGUGGGUUGCCGUGGCUGUAUUUAAUUUAAAAUCUGUGUUUCCCCCCCUCUCCCUGCAAUCUUCCCCAUUCCACUCCCCCAGCAUUUGCCCCAGGAAGCCCAGCUGGAGGCUGGGGACCCCCACCACACUUGGGGUGACAUCACCCUGGGGUCCCCAGGCCACCCCUGGGGGCUGAGCCACGCUGGAUGUAUCCGCUGCCUCGAUCAAUUAAUUUAAUAAAGCCUCA